UGGUAAAUUUUGGAAUAUCCAAUUGAGAAAAGCUUCAAAACAUACAAAAAGCCACUUUUUAACUUUUUAUCGUCUCGCUGAACAAAAACUUCCUCUUUAUAACAUUUAUUUUCAGUUUUCCCUUGCCGAUUUUUGUGUCCUUUCUUUAAAGAUUUUCAAAAUUGUUUUUAGGCAAUCAAAAAUAUUUAAAGAAAAUUUCUACAAAAAUGACGUUAUUUUCAUCAAAACCAGCCAAUUCUCUUCUUUAUCCUGCCUAUCAAUUUUUGACGCAAUUAAGAAAUAGUGGAAAUGGACGUUGGUAUCCUCAACCUUUUAAUGAAAUGAGCAGACACAGAACUCGCCCUCCAACUUACGGCAUUCAACGACGAACAGAAUUGGUUUGCAUAGACAAUUCAGAAAUUGGGAAGGAUGCGAAUAUGAGUGGAAGAUUGGCCUAUUGCAUUUGGGUGUACAAAAGAGGAUACAGGAAGAGGCAUAUGCCUAAAGCUGAACUUGGAGAUAAGAUACUCGUUGCAAUACGAGGCGAGAUGCGUAGGGCAAUCGUUGUUGGUGCAACACAACACGCUUUUAUUAGAAAACAUGGAAUUCCUUCAACAGACACAAACAAUAUUGUUCUUUUGGAUGACAAAGAAAAUCCAAUAGGUAAUCGUGUUCUUGGUCCAAUGCCUUCUUAUUUGAUGCGGUUACGUGAGAAACAGCCAAUUUUACAAAAAGUUUGUGCUUUAGGCAAAAAAUUCUUUUAA